AUGAAGUGGUCGUAUUUGGAUACAACUUUGUUCAUAGUUAUUUCACUACAUUUGAUUAAUGCCCCUUUCACGAAAGUGGAGGAAAGCUUCAACAUACAAGCUAUACAUGAUAUCUUGAAGUACGGUGUCACGGAUAUUUCUAAAUAUGAUCAUCUACAAUUCCCUGGCGUAGUUCCAAGAACAUUUCUGGGAGCGCUGGUGACGGCUGCCUUCACAAAAUUUUUCAUGAUUAUCACUUCGUUUUGGAGUGGUCCUUCAGAUGAAGUUAACGGUUUUGAGACUCAAUUGUUAGCCAGAUGUAUUAUUGGUCUGUUCAACGGGGCCUCCUACCUAUAUCUCAAGAAUGCCAUUCAAGAAGUCUUCGAUAAAAAAGUGAAAGAAGCUGAAGAAAAAGAAGUAGAAGUAGAAACUGAUUUUAGCAGUGUCGGAGAUUGGUUCAUAGUUUUCAUCAUAUCCAGUUUCCAUCUAAUGUUUUACAGUACCAGGCCUUUACCUAAUUUCAUUCUAGCUUUACCAUUAGUCAACGUUGCUAUGGCCUGGACGCUUGCAGGAACAUACAAUUGGUCUAUCUUCUUAGUUGCAUUCACUGCUAUUAUUUUUAGAUUGGAAUUAGUUGCUAUCGGUUCAGGAAUUGCACUUGCGAGUGUAUAUUAUAAAAAAAUCUCACUGGUCAACGCAAUUAAAUUUGGUCUUAUGGGAUUAGGCAUAGGUAUGGGUAUUUCUUUGACCAUUGAUUCCUAUUUCUGGCAGAGGUGGGGUGUCCCUGAGAUUGAUGCAUUUAUCUUCAAUGUUCUCUCGGCACAAGCCUCUAAUUGGGGUACUGAACCAAUCUUUGCUUAUUUUACACACUACCUAUUGAUUCUUUUCCUACCACCAACCGUUUUGCUACUAAACUAUUUAGGUUUCACUUUGGCUCCCGAAAAUUUCAGGAUUAUUACAUUUGCAGCAUACUUCCAUAUCGCUGUUUUAUCCAUGCAACCUCAUAAAGAAUGGAGAUUUAUUGUUUAUGCAAUUCCCCCUAUCAUUUCAAUGGGCUCAAUUACAGCUGCUUAUCUAUGGGAAAAUUUCAGAGUCCAAUCAUUGAAAAAUGCGAUGUAUUUGAUAAUCUUACCAUUAUCACCAAUCGUAUCAUUUGCUCUUUCGAUGAUCUUUUUAUACAUAUCAACAAUGAAUUACCCUGGUGGAGAAGCUUUGGUUAAGUUCAACCAGUAUGUUAUCGAAAAUAAUAUUACUAAUUCUGUUGUCCACAUAAGUGUACCACCUUGUAUGACAGGUGUCACUUUAUUUGGGGAAAUUGAUUCUGAAAAAUUCAAUAUUACGUACGAUAGAACUGAAGAUUUUGAAAAAUUGGAAACCAUAUGGCCAUCUUUUGAUUAUUUGAUAACACAUGAGUCAAAUAGUACUAACCUACCAUUUUCUUUAAGUGGUUUCGAAUGGGAAUUGAUCAACACUACGCCAAUAUUUACUGGUGUCCACUAUACAUACAUUAGUGGGUUGAUGUCACAGGAACAAAGGAGUAUUCCUGCCAUCUUGAAAGAAUAUUUCGCAUCAGAUUUCUCUGAGAUUGUCUCAAGUGGAAGGGAAUUUUUGGACAAGACAAUAACUAAAAAAGAUAUCUUCUUUACUUACAAAAGGAAGGAAACAAAAUAG